AUGACUUACGCGUGUGCUACCAGCUUUGAGCUGCUCCUGCUCCUGCUCCAACUAGAGCUGCUGCGAGAACCUUUAGUGAAUUAUAUUUCAACAUCCUCAAAGAUAUUCGAAAACCCUAAAGAUUUCGAGACGGUCAAUUCGGAAGAGGAAAUUGAUUGCCAAGAUGGAUUCGACUGUGGUGGAUGCAACAGACCCAAUUCGGUGGAACGGAGAAUGGUGUCGUGCGAUAAUUGUUUAGGCUGGUGGCAUCUGAGUUGUGCGAAUCAAUCUCCCGGCGUAAAGGAUCGCCCAUGGAGAUGCACUAAAUGCACAUCACCUUCUGCAGACCCGUCAGAGUCCGUAAACACCGCCGAUUUCAGCACACCCAUUGUGCGAUCGAAGGCUCCUCACUCCAGUUCAACGAGAAUAGGAAGGGCUGAAGUUGAGAACGGAGCUAGGAAGAAAUGUGCGGAAUCCAACAAAGAUUCGUCCGUGAGAAGUGCCGGCAAGUCUGUGAGAUCUACUACAUCCAGCGCCCGCAUCCGGACCGAACUUGAGUUGGCCAGAUUGGUUGCAGAAAAAGAAAUUAAAAGUCGUCGGAUGAGAGAGGAAAUGCGUUUCCUGGAAGAGGAGAGAGCCUUGAGAGAAAAGGAACGGGCUAUCCGGUUAGAGGAGCUUGCUUCUGAGGAAUCCUUCUUAAAGAAGAAGCACCAGCUGGAAGAGAAAUUAGUCGAAGAGUCGGGAUCGGAAAAUGUUUCCGAAUCAGCGCCAAGUGGAAGUCAAAAGGCUGAGGAAUGGUUGCGCAAUCAGCUGGAGGAAAAUAAUAACGAUCCGGAAGAGGUAUUCCCUCGGAUAGUCGAACCGGGUAAUCCGAAUUCAGUUCAUUCCGAACCUAGAAGUCACUCGGCACGAAUCCGUGUGCCAAUUAUGAACCUGAUUCCUGAAGUACCACCUCCAAAGCAACCCAUAAAUCCUUUCCCACAACCGGUAGCGUUUGCCAACCUGAAUAUUGGUCCGUCUGCAGAACAAGUGUUGGCUCGACAAGUCUGGCCCAGAAAACUACCUGUGUUUGCCGGAGAGCCUGAGGAGUGGCCAAUAUUUUUCCAUAGUUACGAAACGUCCAAUGCUGCCUGCGGUUUCUCAGACGUUGAGAAUCUUGUCCGUCUUAGAGAAAGCCUGCGAGGGGCGGCUCGAGAAGCAGUGAGAACAAAAUUGACAUUUCCUGACAGCGUGCCGAAGAUAAUGGAAACACUGAAACGUUUUUAUGGACGGCCCGAAAUCCUUGUAAGGAACAUGCUGGCUAAAGUGCGCAAACUCGAAUCGCCAAAAUCUGAGCGUCUAGAUAGCCUUAUUAAGUUUGCCACAGCUGUACAGCACCUUUGUGACCAGCUAGAGGCUGCAGGUCUCCGAGCUCAUUUAUCGAAUCCCGAUUUGCUCAGCGAAUUGGUUGAGAAGCUCCCUGCUCAUCAUCAGCUUGCUUGGGUGAGAUAUAAACGCUCCUUCCCCGAGCCAACGCUGAAGGAAUUUGGCCAGUAUAUGGAGGAAUUGGCCGAGGACGCCUGUGAGGUUACCACGCUUGUACCGCCGAAACCUGAGACAGCGAAGUAUGCAAAACCGUCGCAGAAGAAAGAGGGACAUUUCCAUGCUCACAUUAACAGUAAUGGAAACCAGGAAGAAUAUAGACAACGUAAACCAUGUCCAAUCUGUGGUGGCAUAGAUCACCGGGUUCGGAACUGCUCGAAGUUCCAAGAGCUAAAUCUCGAUUCAAGAAAGCGUGCAGUACGCCAGUGGAAUUUGUGCGAAAUGUGCCUGAAUGAGCACGGUAAUUGGAAGUGUAAAUCAAGAAUCCGAUGUAACAUCGAAGGCUGUAGAGUUCAGCACCAUCCGUUGCUCCAUGUUCCGGCGCAAGCCAAAAAGGGAGAAGCAACAGUCGUUAAAUCUGUUUGUAAUUCCCACAACGAAUUCAGAAAAGCGUUUUUCUUUCGAAUAGUUCCACUUACCCUGCACAACGGAAAUCGCACUGUCGAUACUUUUGGAUUCUACGAUGAAGGGUCAUCACUGACCAUGAUGGAAUCGUCAUUAGCACGCCGCCUAGGAAUAGAGGGAAAAAGGCAUCCGCUGGAACUACAGUGGACUUCCGGUGUAACCCGGAACGAAGAUUCAUCCAAGCUCAUUAAAUGCAAGAUCUCGAAGUUGGGAGAUCCGAAACAACAUUCUUUUACCGCACACACGGUUUCGAAACUUGAGCUACCGAAGCAAACCCUCUGCUACGACGAAUUAGCUAAUCGUUAUGAACUUCUGAAAGAUAUUCCAAUCAGUUCAUUUAACGAUGCCCAGCCUGAAGUGCUUAUUGGGUUAGAUAACAUUGACAUUUUAACCCCAAUCGAAAGUCGGCAAGGUCAACCUGGCGAACCUGUUGCCGUGAGAUCAUUGCUCGGAUGGGCCAUCUAUGGGCCUAACGAGGCAGGAGAUAGAAAUGACAAGAACUCGGUCCGAGUUAACUUCCAUCGCUGCGACGCAGAUCAAGAACUUAACGACCUCAUCCGACAACAUUUCGUUCUGGAGGAACCCCAGAACCCGUUUGCGCCGAUUCUUGAAUCUGCCGAAGACAAGCGAUGUAAAACGAUCCUAGAGGAAACCACGGUGUUCCGUGACGGUGCAUACGAAAUUGGAUUGCUGUGGAAAGCAGAUGUAGUGUGCUUCCCAGACAACCGGUACAUGGCUGAGAGACGUCUGAAAUGCCUAGAGAGCAAGCUGUCAAAAGACCCCGAACUCCAGGCUAACGUGCACCAACAAAUACGAGAUUAUUUGACAAAAGGUUAUGCCCAUAAGGCAACCGAAGAAGAGUUGGCAGAAACUAGUGCUGAACGCGUCUGGUACCUCCCCUUGAAUGUGGUGUCGCACCCGAAGAAACCGAACAAAAGACGGCUGGUGUGGGACGCGGCUGCCUCAGUGGGUGGAGUUUCCCUCAACAAUCAACUAUUAAAAGGCCCGGAUUUACUGGUCCCCCUGCAUUCAGUUAUAUGCAAGUUCCGAGAGUGGCGCAUCGGUUUUGGUGGCGACGUAAAAGAAAUGUUCCACCAAAUCCGAAUAAGAGCAGCAGACAAAAACUACCAACGAUUCCUGUUUCGAUUCGACGCAACACAACCGCCCGACGUUUAUAUUAUGGACGUCGCGACGUUCGGAGCGACGUGCUCGCCCUGUUCGGCGAUCUACGUGUUGCACAAAAUAGCAGACGAGUGUCGGGAGGAUUUCCCGAAAGCUACGACAGCUAUCAAGGAGAAAACGUAUAUGGACGAUUAUUUCGAUAGUGCCCCCACUUCCGAGGAAGCAGCUGAUCGAGCGAUUCAGGUGAAAGGAGCCCUUGCUCGGGCCGGAUUCACCAUGAGAAAUUGGGUUAGCAACGAUGAAUCGGUGCUACAAGCAGUCGGAGAGAAUUCGGAACAGAAAACGCUCUCACUUAUCAGUAAUAUGGGAGGCGAUAACAUCGAGAGGGUCCUUGGACUGGAGUGGAACCCACGGCAGGAUUGUUUCCAAUUUCCUACCAGCCUACGCGGUGAGCUGGCGCCGUAUGUUUGCGGCGAACGACGACCGACUAAGAGAAUGGCUCUUCGAUGUAUUAUGAGUCUUUUCGACCCAUUGGGUCUUCUGUCCCCGUAUACAAUCCACGGGAAGAUGCUGUUCCAAGAUCUUUGGAGAUGCGGCAUACAAUGGGAUGACGACAUUCCGGAUGAAUCUUUCGAGAAAUGGGUCCGAUGGACAAAGCUUCUCCAAGAAAUCAACAACCUUCAGAUCCCCAGGUGCUACUGUGGUGGAGAUCAUGCUGGAGGGUACGAAACAUUGCAGCUACAUGUGUUCACCGAUGCCAGUGAACUGGGCUACGGAUGCGCGACGUAUUUCCGUGUCAUCGAGGAUGGAAAAGUGAAAUGCUGCUUGGUGAUGGCGAAGGCUAAGGUGGCCUCCCUCAAGGUGCAAUCGAUUCCCAGAAGAGAGCUUCAAGCCGCUGUGUUGGGUGCUAGGAUGAUGAUAAACGUUUGUUCUAGCCACACGGUGGAAAUCAAGGAGAAAUUUCUUUGGACGGAUUCUACCACCGUCUUGUCCUGGAUUAGAUCUGACCACCGAAGAUUCAAGCAAUAUGUAGCCGUUCGCAUCGGAGAAAUUCUGACCUUAACAGAUUCGGAUCAGUGGCGCUGGGUGCCUUCGAAAGAGAACAUCGCUGACUGUUUGACCAAGUGGAAUAAAGAUACGGAUCCAAAACCGGAUGGUCGUUGGUUUAAUGGCCCAUCAUUCCUGUACGAACCUGCUGAUAGAUGGCCACAACAGAAAUCACCGAAUGAAAGCACCAACGAAGACUUGAGAACCCACUAUCUUUUCCACCACAUUGAUAUUCCCAUUCAGCUAAUUGACAUUGCUAGAAUCUCUAAAUAGACCAUAUUGGUACGCAUACUGGCUACGGUUAUGCGAUUUAUUUCGAAUUGUCGUCGACGAAAGAAAGCAUUGCCCAUCGAGACGGUACCUUCCGUAGAGAAUGUGAAGCGAUACGUAAUUCAAACCAUCCCGAAUAUCGAAACACCGUUGAAGCAAUCCGAAUACCAAUCAGCCGAGAAUAUCCUUUGGCGAUUGGCUCAAAGUGAGCACUACCCUGAUGAGGUGAAGGUGCUGAUAUCAAAUCGUGAAAGAGCCCUAGAGGAUUUAAUCAAGAUUGAGAAAACUAGUUGCCUGUAUCAACUCUCCCCGUUUGCUGACGAAUUUGGUGUUAUUAGAGUGGAAGGAAGAACCGUGAAUGCGCAGUACGCGUCCUUCGAUUCCCGAUUUCCAGUAAUAUUGCCCCGAGAGCAUGUAGUUACCCAAAGGCUUUUGGAGCAUUAUCACCGAAUUUUUGGACACGCAAACAGAGAGACAAUUGUCAACGAAGUCCGUCAGCGUUUUCAGAUCGCGAAUCUGAGGUCCGCUGUUAACGAAGUAUCGAGAAGCUGCCAGGUAUGUAAGAUUAAAAAAUGUAAACCACAUUCACCAAGAAUGGCGCCAUUGCCAGAGCAAAGAUUGACACCGUAUACCAGACCCUUUGCGUAUACCGGUGUGGAUUAUCUCGGGCCGUUGGAGGUAACCGUUGGCAGGCGGAAGGAAAAGCGAUAUGUAGCGGUCUUCACAUGCUUGGUAGUCCGUGCCGUUCACCUGGAGCUGGCGUACAGCUUAACGACGGAUUCCUGCAUAAUGGCGAUCAGGAGAUUUGUGCGAAGAAGAGGUCCCCCACGCCAAAUAUUGUCCGACAACGGGACGAACUUUGUCGGUGCCGAUCGCGAGCUUAAACGACAGAUCAAGAGAAUCAACAUCGACUGUUCCGACACAUUCACCAACGCCCGAACAAGCUGGUUAUUCAAUCCGCCCUCCGCUCCCCACAUGGGUGGAGUAUGGGAGCGGAUGGUGCGAAGCGUGAAAGAAUCGAUGAGAGCUCUCGACGACGGAAGGAAACUCAACGACGAGAUUCUGCUGACGGUGUUGGCGGAAGCAGAAGCUUUUAUAAACUCUCGUCCACUGACGUACAUGCCUCAAAGUUCGGCCGACUACGAAGCGUUGACACCCAACCACUUUUUGGGUAACUCCACGGGAGAUCAGGACCCUAUGCGUGAUCCAAUCAGUCUCAGCCAAGCACUGCAAAGCAGUUACCUUCGUUCGCAGUAUUUAGCUGAUGCUACAUGGGACAGAUGGCUGAAGGAAUACUUUCCUAAUAUGAACAAGCGGUCCAAGUGGUUCGAAGAUGUGGUGUCGGUUAAACUUGGAGACCUGGUGUAUAUUGCGGAAGGCAGUCGGCGUACCUGGAUCCGAGGAAGGAUCGUGGAGCUAACCCCGAACAAGGAUGGAAGGAUCAGACGUGUUGCAGUACAAACGGCAUCUGGACGACUCGAGAGACCGGUGGCGAAGCUGGCCGUUAUGGAGAUAGGUAACGGUGAAUCCGAGCAAGGUGAUACGGAGGCCGUUCCGGAUUCACGGGGUGGAGAAUGUUCUGGCAUCCCUGACGUCGCUGCAUCUGAACAGACCUAACGGCCACGCUACGAACUGUCAAACCAGAAAACGGUUAGAAGUGAAAAUUUACGACGAACCAAGAAAGACAAGUGACGCUCUGCGUAUAUUUUAUAAAUUAACGAUAGUUUUAGUUGUUAAAGUUGUUUGUGCCAUUCGUGAGUACCCUUUUUAAAUUGUUGUGAACCUUUGACUAAAUUUAACUUUUUGUAAUAUUUAGCGCACAUCGGUAAAAACCCGAUCUAAGGCUGAUACCACGCACAGUCGAGCAUUCCUUUCAAAAGGGCCGAUAUAGGCCAGAAAUCUAUGCUCUUUAUUUGUAUAACUUGGCAUCAAAAAACGGAUACUCCUCUUGUACUAAAGGAGACAAAUGUAAGAAUCAAAAAAUCCUAUGUAAAACUUUGCUCUAAUAAACUCAUUGUUUUUUAGCUUUGAGCUGCUCCUGCUCCUGCUCCAACUAGAGCUGCUGCGAGAACCUUUAGUGAAUUAUAUUCCAACAAGGCUAAUCAUAGCUUGUAAAAAUUAUGGAAACUGUUAUUUUCGACUUAACUGUACUGUUUUAUCUAGUCUAACUUUCGUAAUUUCAAUGAAUGCUUAUUUUGUCGCACACAUCGUAUGAAUAUUUGCAAAAUUAAAGUUAAUUAGAAAAGCAAUUUUAAAGCAUUCUGUAAAAAUAGACAUAUGGGACAGCUUUGCGGGUAUAUUUCAUAUGGGACAGACAUGACUUGGUAUUUUUUUCAUAUAUGUUGAGAACAAAGUUAUGAAAGUUUAUAGUCUAAAUUGAAGAACUAACUGUAUUUGAACGAUUUUUGAGAUAAACUGAAAAAUGACGAAAAUGCUAAUGGGACAGUCUUGCGAAUAGCGGCAGAAUAUUUGAUUGAGGAAUUACUUGUUUCAGUCCAGAAUACCACAAAACUCAGACAAAAAAGUUACGGAAAGCAGUCAUCUAAGUUUGAAAUCAAAUAAUAGAAAGGAAUAUUUUCAGAUCAUUUGUGCACUUUGUCGAACUCUUCUAUAACACUGAUGAAGAUCCCAAGAGAUUCUUUUAUGGUACGCCGUUAUUCACCAAGCAUAUAUACUAGACUUUCAAUUCCCAUUUUCACAUAGCAAGGUCGUAUCGAUCAAAACUUUUGUUAUAUGGUUGGUAUUUUGGUAUGUUGGUAUGGUUGGAUGUUUGGUAUGGCAGAGCCUUAUUACAUAAGACGAGUCACGAGUCAUUUUACUCGAGUGAGCCAUUUUGGUAUUAUAGAAGUCGAGUCGAGUCGAAUUUCAGUCGAGUAGCUCGACUGAAUCGACUGCUUGAAGGUUCGUGACUCAGCUGUUUCACUCGACUACCGUAAUACGAUAUUUCCCUCGACUCGACAGUGACUGGAGUCGAGUCGAGUUACAUCUAACUUGUAAAUACUAUUCCUCUUGAAAAAUAGUCUUUGACUUCAAAUUCAUAUGGACAUAAGUGGACAUAAGUUCGAAAAAAUACGCUUCAAACUUUCAGUGGUCCACAAUUCUACAAAAUAAUAUUUUUUCAGAACGCUUUAUUUUUCUUCAGUCAAAUCAAGAUUAAAAUCUAAAACUCACGUUUUGGUGGCCAAGCGGCUUGCGUGGUGGGACGGAAAUCGUCAGGUCCACCGAUGGCAAGGGUUCGAUUCCUAUUUCGGUACUGAGUGUUAAAUGUCAAUCUUAAGUUAUCCACGUUAUUUCAGUCUGUAAAGCCUAAAUCGGCUAAGAUGGUGUAUUUUUUCUCUUUUCAAUUAUGUAUGCUUAAUUAUUCUUGGGAAUGUUCUUUUUACAAAUUUAUACCUACAAGUACUUAAACUUACUUAUUACAACGUCGAAAAGGACUUGUCAUCACUUUAACAAAAAAAAAACACGAAAACAACGAACGUUGCUUGCAAAAAUUUAACGAUUUUAUUCAUAUUUGCAUUACAAGAAGCACGACCCAUUUCUUCUUCUCCAAACGGUCGUAUCAAUAUUGGGGAUUGGUACAUUAUCAUAAUCUUGGUUUACGUAGAACCACCUCGUCUCGAUUAUGGACGCUCUUGUAAAAAUUGUUAUUUAUUUCCAUAUAAGUAUGUAUAUGUAGGUAAAUCGUAUAGUAUAGUUGUUCGUUUUCUUACAUAAGUAGAUUGUAAAUAAAUGAAAAUCACUAUUGAUAUAACUUUUUUUAAUAUGCAUCUUCCUAUUAUCGUUCACUUUUAGCAGUUUAGAGUUCCUUCCAAUAAAUAGAAAUACAUUAUUAGUGGAUUUUCAGGUAAAUAGAUGUAAGUAAGUUAAAAAAAAAGGAAUAUCCAAAAGUAACAAAACAUAAAGACAUCAAAAUGAGUUACUGUGUUUAAAAUUAGGUGACGGUUUUAUUUCGAUUGGUUGAACAUACUAAAUUGGAACUAGAAUUUUCUACUUUAUUUUUAUUUCUUCAAAAUGGUCAAUAGCUAAAUGUCUUUUUGAAUGCAGUUACUCGCUCUGCUUAACGUCUUCCUCAUUUGGUUUAGACGAAAGGCACCCACAAUUUUGAUGAUCACUUUUUUUUACUAUCAGGAGUGGUAUGUUAAAGUUUUUCUACUCAACACGUUUUGCUUCCUCAACAACGCGGGAUGGAUAAGGUUUCUCCAAAUGCGAAUCUGGUAGAUUAAGUGUUUUUUUUUAAUUCCUUUCUAGGGGGAUUCUGUCAGUACGAUGGGUGAAAAAUUAAUUGCAACGCGGUCUCAGUCCUCUGAUUGGGAUUGUGUUAGUAGGUAGGGUUCGCUAUCUUUAAAUUUGUUGGUUUUGCCAAUCAACAGCUCGUUUGUAAAUUAUAUGUAUUAACUAGAAGCCCUAAAGAUAUAUGCAAUCGCUCAGAUGAUGCUGCUGUUUGCCCACGACGGCACUGCUGUAAGGGAAGAAGGGCAAAUCAUCCACUGUAAGUAGAGAACAGAGGAGUUUAUCAAACCACACACUUUGAAGUUUUGGAUAGAUAGCAAUCUGUGAAGAAAGAAGGGCUCCCAAAAACCGGUAACACAGUGAUAUUUGUUCAAACAUUAACCAAUCAAACAGCCAAAAACCCAUACACAAGCUUACCUUUUGGUGGGCAUAUUGUUCUUCUGGUAAGGGUUCUGGAGUAUUCUCGGGUGGCAUUCCAUCACCUUUAGCAGCAAGCUGUCCAGAUAGUCUUCCAGCUCUUUCACCUUCUGCUUCUGGUAGCUAACCUCGUUCUCGAGGUUGUGUGCAAUCUUCAUCAUAUCUUCGCGCGUUUUGCCUUCAUACUUUGCGAGGAUCUCGGGUGAGACUUCCGUCACGAGUUUGCUCUGACGUAGGCCGGCCAGCGUGGCUAUCUGAUCGCCCGUUCCAUUUUCGCCUCCGAUUAUGAUCCGCUCGUGGUGAUGGUGGAUCUGCUGCUGAAGCUGGGGAUGAUGUUUGGCCGUGCCAUUGAGAUGCUUUUUGCUGGAUAAAUUUUCCAUGGAUUCCGCUCGGUGAUCUUUGAUGAAGUGUUUAAGCUUCUUGGUGAAAGAUUCUUUCUCUUGCUUUGGCGAGGGAUGGUUGAUAGACUUGCGGCUGUUGUGCACACUGCUACUAGUGAUGCUCGGAUUGUCCAUGAUGAGUUUGUCGUUGACUUUGGAGAUAUCCUGGGAGCCGGCCCGUGGAAGGGGCUUAGGUUUGUCAUCAUCCUUGUGGGAUUUAUCGUUUAGUAUCGGUGAGGUUGGCGCUGUUACGGAGAUGGGGGCAGGUUCAUCAGAGUGUUUGACUGGUGACUGAUCUUCUUCCUGUUCUUCCUGCUGGACAGAUAGCAUUACGCGAGAGCUCUCCCAUGACCUCCGUUUAAGCGAAUCUGUGCUACCAAUUUCUAAAUGCUUUCCAUAUAAUUUCUGUUCCCAUUCGUCCACCUUUGCUGGUGCUUCGCUUUCCCCUUCUGAGGCAACACGGGGUGGUUUAGAAGGUGGAAGAGUAACCCCUUUGUGUUUUCUGGUUUCAUCGGGAGUCGAAGAGCUAGAUGGAGUUGCCGAUUUCGGUAGAAUGUGUCCAGAUACCUGAGCACUAUGGGCUCGAGUGUUCAGCGAACUUCCAGAGCUCUUGUGCGAAAGAUUGUCAAACACAAAUUCGUCUUCGUCCUCGCUGAUGACCCCUGGAUCAGCAUCGCCAAACGUUUGUCUGGAUAGUCUAGACUGAAGGCCGCUGGGUGUACCAAUGCUAGAAUAACUCCCUGUAAAGGAAGAAUCAUCUGGCCCAGCAUCGCCAUCCUUGUGUUUCUUUUUUCCGAUCCCACUUAUGUGAACCUUGGAGCCUAAUGAUUUUGCAAACUUCUUCAAACCCUUGCGCUUUUCAAUUGCCCCAAUACUCAACAGCGAUCCACCCACGUUCGAGGCCAGAUUACUGAUCGAGCUCUUGCUCUUUUCCUUUUUGCUCAGAUCCGUCAAGGAACCGGCCUUCACGGUAAAAGCGAUCCGAACUUCCAGCUCACCGCGUUCCUUUUUCUUCUCCUUACCGGGUUUGCUUUGCAAUUUGAACCAGCGGGAUCGAGGCCGCUCGUAAACGUCCAUUUCAUUCAGUGGCAGCACUACCUGGCCCAGAAACUCAUCGAUUCCGAGGCUGUUGUGGUGCAGUGCCGUCAGUACCAGUUCGGCUCGAUUGCCUUGGGUCGGAAUUUGACUAAAAUGGAAAAGAAACAAUAAGUGAUUUUAGUAUUUGGGC